AUUUUUCUUUUCCUCUUGUUCUUUCCCUUUUUCCACUUUUUUAUUUUUCUAUAAUUAUUUGAUUAGUCAAAGAUGUAUGUCAUUAAAAGAGACGGUCGCAAGGAAUCAGUUGCAUUUGAUAAGAUUACCGCAAGAAUUAACAAGCUUUGCUAUGGUCUGGAUACCAAGUUUGUCGAUCCUGUUACUGUUACUCAAAAGGUAAUCUCCGGUGUUUACGAAGGUAUCACUACCAGUAUGCUCGACACCUUAGCUGCCGAAACAGCCGCCUAUAUGACCGUCAACCAUCCUGACUACGCCAUUUUGGCCGCUCGUAUCGCUGUUUCCAACUUGCACAAAGAAACCCAUAAGGCAUUUUCCGAUGUCGUUAAAGCUCUUUAUGAUUACGUGAAUCCUCGUAAUGGCAAGCACUCACCUAUGAUUUCCGAUCAAACCUACAAAGUCGUUAUGGAAAACGCGGACCGUCUCAAUUCAGCUAUCAUCUACGAUCGUGAUUUCAACUUUAACUUCUUUGGUUUCAGAACAUUAGAACGUUCCUACUUGUUACGUAUCGAUGGUAAAGUUGCCGAGAGACCCCAACAUUUGAUCAUGCGUGUGGCUGUUGGUAUUCAUGGCGACGAUAUUGACAGCGCUAUUGAGUCCUACCAUUUGAUGUCUCAAAAAUACUUCAUUCACGCCAGUCCUACUUUAUUCAAUGCUGGUACCCCACGUCCUCAAUUGUCUUCUUGUUUCUUGUUGACACCUAAGGAAGACUCUGUUGAAGGUAUUUUUGAAACCCUCAAGAUCUGCGCCAAGAUCUCCAAGAGUGCAGGUGGUAUUGGUUUGAAUGUGCAUAACAUCCGUGCUACAGACUCUUAUAUCGCUGGUUCUGACGGCGAAUCUCACGGCCUCUUGCCCAUGAUGAGAGUUUUCAACAAUACAGCUCGUUACGUUGAUCAAGGUGGUAAUAAGCGCCCUGGUGCUUUCUGUAUCUAUCUUGAACCCUGGCAUCCUGAUCUUUUCAUGUUCAUGGAUCUCCGUAAGAAUUUUGGUCGUGACGAAAUUAGAGCCCGUGAUAUGUUCUAUGCUCUUUGGAUUCCUGAUCUCUUCAUGAAACGUGUUGAAAACAACGAAAUGUGGUCCUUCUUCUGUCCUAAUGAAGCUCCUGGAUUGUGUGAAGUUUGGGGUGAUGAAUUUGACGAGCUCUAUACUCGUUAUGAAAAGGAAGGACGUGCUCGUUCUACCAUGCCUGCUCAAAAGGUUUGGUUUGCUAUCACCGAAGCUCAAACUGAAACUGGUAAUCCCUUCUUGCUUUACAAGGAUGCUUGUAACCGUAAGAGUAACCAGCAAAACUUGGGUACCAUCAAGUGUUCCAACUUGUGUACUGAAAUUGUGGAAUACUCCAGCCCUGAUGAAGUAGCUGUCUGUAACUUGGGUUCUUUGGCUCUUCCCACCUAUGUCAACAACGGCGUUUUUGAUUUCCAGAAAUUGCAUGAAGUCACCAAAGUGCUGACAAAGAAUUUGAAUAAGGUCAUUGAGGUCAACUAUUACCCUGUUCCUGAAGCUUACAACUCCAAUAUGCGUCACCGUCCUGUUGGUCUCGGUGUUCAAGGUUUAGCAGAUGCUUUCAUCCUUAUGAGAUACCCCUUCGAAUCUGCCGAAGCCAAAAAGCUCAACACACAAAUUUUCGAAACUAUUUAUCACGCUGCUUUGGAAGCCUCUUGUGAAUUGGCCGAAAAACUGGGUCCUUACAGUACCUAUGAAGGUUCCCCUGUCUCCAAGGGUAUCCUGCAAUACGAUAUGUGGAAUGUCACACCUACUGAUUUAUGGGAUUGGGAUACUCUCAAAGCUAACAUUGCCAAGCAUGGUGUCCGUAACUCUCUCUUAGUUGCUCCCAUGCCUACUGCCUCCACUUCACAAAUUCUCGGUUUCAACGAAUGUUUCGAACCCUACACUUCCAACGUUUACAUGCGUCGUGUCUUAUCCGGUGAAUUCCAAAUCGUCAACCAAUGGCUUUUGAAGGACCUUGUGGAUUUGGGUCUCUGGAACGACAGAGUGAAAAACAAAUUGAUGAACGACAAUGGUUCCGUUCAAAACAUUGAAGAAAUCCCUGCUGAUAUCAAGGAACUCUAUAAGACCGUAUGGGAAAUCUCUCAGCGUACAAUUAUUGAUAUGGCAGCUGAUCGUGGUGCUUUCAUUGAUCAAAGUCAAAGUAUGAACUUGUUUAUCGGUAAUCCCAAUUUGGGUCGCUUGACUUCUAUGCAUUUCUAUGCUUGGAAGAAGGGUUUGAAGACUGGACAAUAUUAUCUCCGUAUUCGUCCUGCUGUAGAUGCUAUCAAGUUUACCGUUGAUCAAACUGCACUUAUGGAAGAAGCUAGAGAAAAAGAAGAAGCCGAAAAGCAAAAAGCCAAGGCUUAAAUGUAUAAAUCAUCCCCAUAGAGUAAUUUAAAUUCGCUAUAUGUAUCACUAACAAUCAACCAUCAGGAAAUCCCAUUUCACUUUGCAUUAUCUAAUAUCAUAUAUUUUUUAACUUUUUUUUUAUCCAUAUCCCAAUUCUUAUUUUUUUC